UUCUUACAUAAAUGCCAAAUAGAAAUUUAAAAUAACAAAUAAUAAUAUUUGGCUAAAAAAACAGCCCCAAAAAAUAAAACAAAAAUUAGGUGGAGAGAUUUGAUUAGAAGACGUUCGUCAAAUUCGUGGAUAGAGGGGGAACUAAAAGGAUAGAUAUAAUGAAGUAGCUCUCCAAUUUUCCAGCCGAAGUGGAAUACUCGAAUUCAUAGGGAAAUGGCGUUCAGUCGCUGCCUUUCCGGCAGCCAAAUGAUUAAUUUCCGGCGGAGCAUAAUAUUAGCACAGUCGUCAUCCGACGACCCUGCCGGUAAAUCUGCGGCAGAGGAAUUCGCACCGCUGGCAGCGACAUUUCGGCGGAGGCUAAUAGUUGGGAUCGGGUCGGCUUCUUUGGUGGCCGUCGGCGCAAAUUUCGCCGGCGUGACGAGCUUUCUGCUCGGCUUGUCGCCGGAAAACAGUCGGCGGUUGAGGGUGGACGUUGUUUAUCCAAUUGGAGGGUACAAUCGGUGCUUUGAUCCCAAUGAAGGAUUUGAACAUCCAGAGUUCAUAUACCCAUCGAGUUGGGUAGGAGACCAGAGAUUGCUAUAUCGGGAAGCUGAAAAGUCGGAAUAUGAACGAUCACUGGACCCUCCGCCCUUGACCAAUUCCACCAUGGAUCGUCGUCGUCGAAAUGUUAACGAGCCAUUGGUUGCAUUUGGUCCUCCAGGUUCAAGUGGAGAGCUCAAUGUUAGUGUCAUUGUGUCUUCGGUACCCCCUGAUUUCUCAAUUGAAGCAUUUGGAGGACCAAACGAAGUAGGGGAAGCUGUGAUCAGAACUAUUACAAGGGCCAGCAAACGCUCUGAUCUUAAAGGAACAUUGAUACAAACAACUCUAAGAGAGGAUUUGCUAACCAAAUACUAUGAACUAGAAUUCAAAGUGGAAAGCACAGCGUUUCAACGGCACAACAUUGCAGUUUGUUGUGCUCGUCGGGGAAAAUUAUAUACACUAAAUGCCCAAGCACCUGAAUCAGAAUGGCCAGGUCUAAAAUCAAAGAUGAAGACAAUUGCCAGUUCCUUUUGUCUCUCAGCUUGAAGGUUUUUAUGUUCUAUCACUACGAGGGUGGGAUUUGGGAAUUCUUUUUUUUCUUUUUCUGGAGAGAGUACUAUAAAAUUAAGAAGGAUGUAAAACUCAUUAUCUUGCCAUUUAUAAAACUAUAUUGGAGAUGUUCCAAUGUUUCUACAUCAA